UCCGACAAUGCAGCCAUAUUGGCAAAUUGAACAGAGCCAAGGAAUUAAACGGCUUGUUAUCACACAAAGCAAAGACUACAAUGACAAUUAUGCGCCGCUCCCCAACACUAUUCAAUGAGUACAGCAAUGCUAUGAGCCUAUAUACGAGAGUUCAGCUAGCGACAGUUAUGAUACUAGACUUAAUAGUUCUUAGAGCAGCAACAAUAGUGCUUAACGUUACUUAUACGCUAUCUCAGGAAGCAGCUACCGCAAGCUAUAAUUUAGUAUGCGGGUUUCCCGAAACUGGUCCUCGGAAAGUUUUGAUCAUGAACAGUAUAAGUGUGAAGAGUGGGUGUAUUCCUUACUUGUAUCAGCCUUUUGGGAGAUAGUAUGAAGAUUAUAGUGGGGGGGAUAGUACUGCUGCUCGAGUAGUUCCACGCGUGGUAGAAACCCUGAGAAUGGUCUGGUGGGUGGCAUUGAUUUUUUAUAUUGAAUGUCUUUGUAUUACUGUCCUAGUAGAAAAUAUUUCUAUUUGAUAGUAAGCUCGAUAUGGUUAUAUCUGGGUAAAAGUAAUACCCUAGCAGAAACGACAAUAGUGGUAUACCCCACUAAAUUGCUGUAACUAAGCUUGUGAUCUCUUUCUACUAAACCUGAUAUAAGUAUUAUAUAAGGUUCUUCUGAAUUGAACUUAAACAGAAAUAAAUGUUAAAAAAGUAUCUAUUCUAAACUGUUUCUUCUGGUUUCUGCAUCCUAUUUGUAUUGUCGAUUGGUUGGUGCAGAGGACUAUCUAUUAUUUCCGGAAUUUGGGAUUUCUUGCCACUAAAGCUCUUGUUUGUAUCUCUGUUGGCAUUACUGGUGUUAGGAACCGGGGUAUAAGGAUAAGAAAUGCUAUCAUAUAUAGGAUGGGUUGUGCCAGUUUGAAUUGCACCUUUAUCAGUUACUCUAUCGGCUGUAGAGAGAGCCAAAUCACCCGAAUCAAAGUACCCCCGUU